AUGCUGUUGUCGCCCGUGGUCGUGGCCACCUUCUUGCUCGUGUUUGCGCAGCUGCGUCUACGCAGCCACUUGAGCUUGGCGUCGUGGCUGCUCAAUGGCCUGACGUUCUUCUUGCCGCCGGAAGACGCGCUCAUUGCGACGCUCAAUGGCCACCCGCCGCCCAAAGGCGCCACGACAGCGACCGGCAGCGGCCACCCGCUCAGUGCCGCCGACAAGUUGGACCAGUUCUACGUCCGCGUGGCCAAGACCGAGCCCGGGGUGUUCAACCAGGCGCUCUUCUUUGAGCUCUACGAGAUGCUCGUGGUGCUCGUGUCCUCGAGCUCUGUGGGCUACUGGAGCGGCGCGGUCGGGACGUUUGCCGCGCACUGGCUCACGUCGGCGACGACCGACGACCAGGUAAACAGCAACAACAACAACAGCGCUGCCGCCAACGUCGACGUCGCCACGUACACGUUGCUGUCGGCUCUGCUCGUGGCGCUGUGGUUCCCCUUGCAGCUGCACUUUGCUCAAGGCUGGGCAGGCUACGAGGCACGCUUGGGCCUCGCCAUUGGCUUUGUCGGGCUCGUGCUUGCGGGCUUUGUCAUCCUGUCCCCCAAGGAGAUGCUCGACUUUGACCUGGAGCGCGCCGCUCAUCUCGUGGGCGCGCGACUGGCCCUAAUACUCCGCGCCGUGGGGUUCAUGGACGCUGACUUUGUCAACAUUGCACCAAUCGCUGAAGCGGCAAAGGUUUUGCUGUUUCUCACGUGUGCGCUGGUCGCUGGCGUCUUUACGUGCACGACGUUCCUGCCGUCGUUCCGGUUUGCACGCAUGUACUCGGAGAUGGUCAACGACAAGCGGCACUCGCGGGGAAAGAAGCUGCUGCUGCAUCUCAACCUGUUCUUCCCAGUCCUCAUCUGUGCGCUGUGGGUACCGCAGCUCUCCAAGCACGUGCUGGUACCUCGUGAACUGGUAAAGUGCUCGCCACGCGCUCUCACGCGCGAUUGCCUGCAGGACGACGUGCUCCUGGGACUCGACACUGCAGCGACCACGUCCCGUGUCUGGCAAUGGUACAGUCUCACCGAGUCGCAGUUCCACACGCUUCGACUCUACGUCGUCUUCACCGCGUGUCUCGUGCGCUUGCUGUGCUUCCGGAGCUACGUCCAGCACUUUUUGCUCGAGCCUCGCGAGGUGAUGGCGUCGCUCGUGGGUCGUCCCGGCGUAGUCGACGGAGCGCUCCUGCAGAGCAAAGUGCGGAUCCAGUUCAACUACGUGCCGAUCAUCGCCCUGCAGUACCUGGCGCCUGUAUGUGCAUUGCUGGCGUCGGUGCAACUUUUGAUGAAGCAAACGGCGACGUCUCUCGGCUUUUCCAGUGCGCUCGUGUGGCUCGUGCAGCGUGUGGCACCGGGUCUUUCGAUUCCUGCUGCGCUCACGCCAACAACGCUCCACGCUGCUUCGAUGACUGUCCUACCGGACGCAACGACACUGCCAAACUUUGGCGGCUUUCGGCUUGGCCAUGACCUCACCUCGGCGACUGUGACGCCGUUCGUGCGUGGCAUGAGUGAGUUCCCCGUGCUCACUGCCGAAUUCUACGAGGCCGCGCUCGGCUUUGUCAUCUGGUUCCUCAGCUUUGUCACGUUUGGCGUGAGUUUGGCCGGUCUGCUCUAUUGGCGUAACGUGGCAGCUCACGGCAGCACGAACAUCGAGCAGAGCGUCGUGCGGCAGAACAAACAGACGCCUAAGGCGCUAAAGAAUCAGCUAAAGCAUCUGAAGCUGAAGAAACACAAGUAG